GUUAAUUAGUGUAGUUCAUAAAGUUAUUGAUCUUGAUCAAAAAAAACAAAUCAAUGCUGAUAAUGUAGCUUUUAAUUUUCAUAUAAAAAAAGUAUCAGUCUAUGGCAUUAAAGACGAAAUUAUUAAAGAAAUCUACAAGUUUCUUUAUCCUAUACAGUUAAUACUUGUUAAAGAAGCUUGUGUAGUAAUGAAUAGGUUAAAGAAGAAAGCUUGGAAAAGGUUUCAAGAAAUAUUUGAAGAAAGUAGUUUUGAAGUAUAUGAGUAUCAUGAAUUAAUAAUUAUAGAGAUACCAAGACAAAGCAAAGAAGAAAAACAAGCAGAAAAUAGACAGCUUUCUGUAAAUAAGCUAACUGAAAGAUUACAUAACAAAUACUGGAGUGUAGAAGAAAGAAGUAGUGCUAAGGAAGCAGAAGUUUUUGUUGCUAGGCUAGAAG